CUUCAUUUGGUAAAAUUUCCCGUGAUGAGAGGAUCACAUAAAAAUAUCAAACACACAUGGCAUUCUUCUCUUUUCCGUACUCAGAAAGAAAUACUAUUGAGAAAUGUUUGCAAAAUUUGUCAGAGUCUGUGUUUGUCGGACUCUGUAAAAUAUUGGGAACAUCAGAACUAGUGACCAUGAGGAGAGAUGUUACAAACAUCAAUGAGAUGAUAGAGAAUGAAGUAAAUAAAAAGAAGUUUAUCAUGAUGAUCAGUGGAAGUUACGGAGAAGGAUUCAGACUAUUAGGAUCUGAUCAAGAUUAUAUGUACUGGCGACCUAAUGAGCAAGUGAUCUGGGAUGAAUCUCUGUUUAAGAAUUACAACGAACAAAAUCAAACAUUGAUUGUUUCAGACAAUUCUGAGAGCCCGCCAGGAUUCACUUUGUUAUGGCUUCCGAGAAAUCAUAUAAAACAUAGAUGUAUUCUGUCCUCAUGUGUAGUGAUGAAGAAUAAACAUUAUAUAUCUAGCUCAAAAUAUAAACAGACCAUGCCUUCAUAUAUUAUUAGAAAUCCUAUCAUCCAUGGUCCCUGCAAAAGUGGAUUUAUUAAUGGAGUUUAUGAAUUUGAUGAGGCCCACACCUUUCAGAGCAGAUACUGGCCUCCAUCAGCCUCCUCAUGGGUAAGCAGAUGUCGGACAUGGCCCAAACCUCAUGUGGUUCGCGAUAUUGUCAAAAAAGGAUGCCACUUUGUUGCAAUAGGACACAGUCUUGGAAAUCAUGUAGAUAAUGAAUGGAGGAUAUCUUUCUCUCUGGCAGAAAAACAACUUAUUUAUUCAAUGAACCACUGUCAGUUUUUAAUUUAUGGUUUACUGAAACUGUUCUUAAAGGAUGUAAUUAAUAAUGGCUUAAACAGUGAAGAUAAAAUACUGUGUUCUUAUCAUCUGAAGACAGCCGUUUUCUGGGCAAUUCAACAAAACAAAAUAUCUCACUGGAGCCCCCAAAAUCUCCUGCAGUGUUUCUGGGUUUGCUUUAAACUUAUUCUCAAAUGGGUGUAUAAAGGGGUAUGUCCGAACUUUUUCAUUCCAGAAAACAACAUGUUUCUAUCUAAAGUCAAUGGUGAUUCACAAACAAUUUUAUUUCUUAGACUGUAUACAUUGUAUGAGAGAGGCGUUGUGUCAUGUCUGUUGCAUUGUCCCUCAAUCAGGGCGUAUGUUUUAAAUGUACUUUACAAUCCUCGGCUGACCGUCAGUAUAGAUGAGCACAUGAUGAUCCCUGAGUUUACAUUUGAUCAGUUAUUAUUAACAGAGAUAGAUAUGAAUUUUUCCAUUAUAACAAAUGCAAACUUACGCACAAUAGAAAAAUUAAUUAACGAACCUUUGACACAAUACCAAGUUGCCGCAUUACAGGAUCAUACGAUCCGUGUUCUUUUAUCCAAUGCUUUUAUUUUACACAACAAGUACAUUGGCAGAGGUGGCAACAACCAGAGGUACAUUACGGACAAGAUUUCCUGUAACAUGCUCAAAUUAGCUGCAAGGUUUGGUUGUAUUUCUGAUGCGUUGUAUUUAGCAAUGUAUUAUUACAAGACAUCCAGGUACACAGAGGCUUUAUCUAUCAUAGAGAUGACUAAGGUCAGAUUAUCACAUGCGAUAUUUAUGCUAUUCUUUAUAUUCGGUGACAGAGAUAAGUAUGCUCAGGUUGUAGGAGGAAAAUCUUGGUCUACAAAGAUGAGAGAAGGCAUGGCAGGGCAAAUUAUGCUUUUCAAAGAUAUCGGUUAUAUUAAUGAAUUACUGAUAGAACAGUCUGAAUCCCUGCAUCAAGUAUUACAAAUUCCACCUUUUGCGUUGAUACACAUGCUAGAAAUUCUGUGCUACAUUCAUGUUGAUUCAACGAGAGUACAAACAGCUUUGAAUGACCUUAGGAACAGAAUUCAGAAUAACAUUAUUGAAGGUGUACUGUAUAGAGACAUUUCUUGGCAAAUCUUAGGAAUUUGUUACUACAUGACAGGGAACUUCAAUGCUGCUUUUUACGCUUUCCAAAAAUCACUCGUACAUAUUCCACUACAACAGAUACAGACUGCUACAAUUAUCAGAAUUAUAAUAUUAAUCUAUCAAUUUUUCUAA